AUGGAUGAUAUUGUCACAACUGAGAUCUUUUUUGAUGGAAAUUUCAAUGAUGAUUCUACUAAUUGGAUACCUAAUCACAUCUUUACUCACCCAAAUUUCAGUUGGAAGGAUGUUGAUUUGGGUCUCUUAGAUGAGUUCCAAUUCGUGGAAAAUCAACAACAACAAGAUCAUUCCGAUGACGCUAAUGAAAUAAUUAUUCAAGAUGAUGGCAUAGGCUUAGAUGAUAUCCCUAAGGAAUUCUUCGAACCUAAUCAAGAAGUUGAACUUGAUCACGAGACAAAGAAGAAUAGUAGUUCUUCGAGUGAUCUUCAAAGAAGCAUCACAAAAGAAUUAUUAGAAAUCAAAUCGUCUCCUAUCGAAAAUGAACAACAACAAGAUCAAUCCAAUGAAGUUAGUCAGAUAAUUAUUCAAGAUGAUGGCAUAGGCCUUGAUGAUCUCUCGCAGGAAUUCUUCAAACCUAAUCAAGAAGUUGAACCUCCUCAUGAGACAAAGACAAAUAGUAGUUCUUUGACUGAUCUUCAAAGAAGCAUUAUAAAAGAAUUAUUAGAAAUCAUAUCGUCUCCUAUUGAAAAUAAACAACAACAAGAUCAAUCUAAUGAAGCUGAUAAAAUAACUAUUCAAGAUGAUGGCAUAGGCCUCGAUGAUCUCCCUGAGGAAUUCUUCAAACCUAAUCAAGAAGUUAAACCUAAUCAUGAGAUAAAGGCGAGUAGUAGUUCUUGGAGUGAUACCUCGACUACUAACACCAACAACUACCAAGGUUUCUACACAUCUCAUCUAGUGCCUCAAAUGAACAAGCCUUAUUAUUUGAACAUGAGUAGUGAGAGUGGUAAUUGGGACCAAAGUAAUGAUUACAACCAACAACCCUACCAAUUUUGCUAUACACCUCAAUUAGUACCUAAACUUGCUUAUCCUACUGAUUAUUAUUUGGAUUAUAGUAGUGAGAGUGGUUGGGACCAAAGUAACAACAAGCAAGAUGCACAAAUGGUAACGACAACACAUACAUUUCCUAUUCUCACUCACACUCCUGCGCCAGCUAUAGAAUAUCAACAACAAGAAACUCUUUCAACUCGCAAACGAAAAUCAACCUCUUCAAACCAUGGUCGUUGGACUGUAAAAGAACACAUGACUUUUUUACAAGGGAUGAGUAAGUUUGGUUCUGGUAAUUGGAUAGAAAUAUCUACUUUACUUGGUGGUACAAGAACUCCAGUCCAAGUGGCUAGCCAUGCUCAAAAAUAUUUUAAUAAAAUGGAGAAAGAAAAACAAAUUGCAGAGACAACCUCUGAGAAUAAUAAGAAGAAAUUAAAUAAGAGUAUAAAUGAUAUAAGAUUAAGAGAAGAUGGAACAUUUUGUUUUCCAAACUCAUUUCAAAACUGA